CAUGAUCUCGGCGAUGUUGUAAGCCUAAACCAGCCGCUUCCCUCCCCAUUUACUGUCAGUGACGCAAUAUGCCAAUGCGGCCCACGCAGUGCCAAUACGUCAUCCAAUCCGGCUGAGAAAUGAGGAUGCUCGCGAGCACGUCUGCCCGGCGCCCGCCCGCGGGGGCGUUGCGGAUCAGCCGAGGAAGGCGCAUCCCUUUCGCGCAAACAAGACUAAUCUCGACGACUGGUCUGGCCCAGCCACAACCGCGUGAGCCCGCAGCACCGCCGCCGCCGCCUCAUUCCGCAACGACGCCCCGGCCGCCGCCGCGACGGCGGCUUCCCAUGGAGGCCAAGCCCUUCUCGGACUUCCUCACCGACACCCACCACCGGCAGCACGACUACCUGCGCAUCUCAGUGACGGAGAAGUGCAACUUGCGCUGCCUGUACUGCAUGCCCGAGGAGGGCGUCCCGCUCAGCCCGCCUCGCGAGCUCCUGACGACUCCCGAGAUCGUCCUUAUCUCGGGCCUCUUCGUGUCUCAGGGGGUGACCAAGAUCCGGCUGACGGGCGGCGAGCCGACGGUGCGGCGAGACAUUGUGCCGCUGAUGCAGCAGAUCGGCGCGCUCCGGGCGCACGGCCUGCGCGAGCUGUGCCUGACCACCAACGGGCUGAGCCUGCACCGCAAGCUGGAGGCCAUGGUGGAGGCCGGGCUGACGGGCGUCAACCUGUCGCUCGACACGCUCGACCCCUGGCAGUUCCAGCUGAUGACGCGGCGGCAGGGGUUCGGCGCCGUGCAGAAGAGCAUCGACCGCAUAUUCGAGCUCAACCGCGCCGGCGCCGGCAUCCGUUUCAAGAUCAACUGCGUCGUCAUGAGGGGCCUUAACGACAGGGAGAUGGUGUCCUUCGUCGACAUGACCCGCGACAAGGACGUCGAGGUCCGCUUCAUCGAGUACAUGCCCUUCGACGGGAACCGGUGGAGCGAGAACAAGAUGCUCGGCUACCGGGAGAUGCUGGACGUGAUCCGCGAGGCGCACCCGGCGCUGCGCGAGGUCCCCGGCCACAGGAACGACACGAGCAAGACGUACCAGGUGCCCGGGUUCCGGGGCAGGGUCGGGUUCAUCACGAGCAUGACGCAUAACUUCUGCGGCACCUGCAACCGGCUGCGCGUCACGGGCGACGGGAACCUCAAGGUCUGCCUGUUCGGCAACGCCGAGGUGUCGCUGCGGGACAUUGUGCGGAAAGUAAACGGCGGGGAGCCGAUCGGGGAGGAGGCGUUCGAGGCCCUCAAGCGCACCGCGAUGGAGGAGGUGCGCGACCUGCCGCCCUCGGAGCGGCCGCCCCUGCUCGCGCCGAAUUCCCGGGAACUGCUCGAGGUCAUCGGCAUGGCUGUGAAGCGGAAGAAGGCGAAGCAUGCAGGGAUCGGCGAGUUGGAGCAUAUGAAGAACAGGCCGAUGAUAUUGAUAGAUCCAGAGACUGCAGGCAGACAUCGCAAUCUAAGCCCAACGUCCCGAUACUCAUCUUACCUCUCACCGUCGACGCCGUGGGGGAGCCUCGUUGCAGGCAUCAACCCCAGUACCUACGCGACCCGCCCCCUUGCGCGACUGUUCUCAACCACGAGCAACCUAGCGCAGACAACAAAAGAAGACGACGAAGGGGCACGCCCGCGCAAGCGGCUGACGCACGUGUCGACCUCCGGCUCGGCGCACAUGGUGUCCGUCUCGGACAAGGCGCCGACGAGGCGGCUCGCGGUGGCCAGGUGCAGCGUGCGCUUCUCGGAUGCGUCGGUCACGGCCCUGGUGCGCGAGAACCAGCUGGCCAAGGGCGACGUGCUCGCCGUGGCCCGCGUCGCCGGCAUCAUGGCGGCCAAGCGGACGCCGGACCUGAUCCCGCUAUGCCAUCCGAUCGCCAUCUCGCACGUCAGCGUGGAGCUGGACGUGGUCGAUCCCGGAGUGGGGGGAGAUCGACCCGGCGGUGAGGGUGGUGGUGGCGGUGGCGGCGGCCAGGGUUACAGGAUCGACAUUGCGGCUACUGUCUCGUGCGAGGGGAAGACUGGCGUCGAGAUGGAGGCUCUGACGGCCGCUUCUACUACUGCGCUCACGGUGUAUGACAUGUGCAAGGCAGUAGAUAAGAGCAUGGUGAUUGAGGGGUUGAGGGUGGUGCUCAAGGAAGGCGGCAAGAGCGGGAGGUGGGUGGAAGGGGCGAAUGUGGGUUGAUGAGACUCAAGUCUCUCGGCGGCGGCUUCAUGAUGUCAGUGAGUUUCCUCAGUGUUUGACCAAAUUCGUAGUGUACCUACGGCGUACAUUUGCCGUCGGUGAGCCCGACCAGUUCGGAUACCCCGAGAUCGGAUCACGUGUCGUUGGCGGAGAAGUGACGUUUUUGUUGUCGGCUAUC